GAAGCUCCAGAAUUAUAUGUAUGUAUUGUCAAGGAAGCAUAUAUUUAUUUUACAGUGAUGUCAGUAUUAUGCUUUGUGUUGUACACAUGUAUGGGAUAUUUUAGGAUGCAGUGACUUAUGAUGAUGUGCGUGUGAACUUCACUGGGGAAGAAUGGGACUUGCUGAAUCCCUCCCAGAAAAGUCUCUAUGAAGAGGUGAUGUUGGAGACCUACCAGAACAUCACUGCUAUAGGCUACAGUUGGAAAGACCAUCAUAUUGAAGAACACUGUCAAAGUUCUAGAAGACAUGAAAGGCAUGAAAGAAUUCAUAUUGGAGAAAAACCCUAUGAACGUAAUCAAUGUGGUAAAGCCUUUGCACGUGACAAUCAUCUCCAAAUACAUAAGAGAACACAUACUGGAGAGAAACCUUAUGAAUGUAAUCAAUGUGGUAAAGCCUUUUCACAACAGAGUAGUCUCCAAUAUCAUAAAAGAACACAUACUGGACAGAAACCUUAUGAAUGUAAUCAGUGUGGUAAAGCCUUGUCAUGUCAAAGAAGUCUCCAAUAUCAUAAAAGAACACAUACUGGAGAGAAAACUUGUGAAUGUAUUCAAUGUGGUAAAGCUUUUGUAAGACCCAGUCAACUCCAAAAACAUAAAAGAACACAUACUGGAGAGAAACCCUAUGAAUGUAAUCAGUGUGGUAAAGCCUUUGCACAUCACAAUAAUCUCCAAUAUCAUAAAAGAACACAUACUGGAGAGAAACCUUAUGAAUGUAAUCAGUGUGGUAAAGCCUUUGCAGUUCAGUAUAGUCUCCAGUAUCAUAAAAGAAGACAUACUGGAGAGAAACCUUAUGAAUGUAACCAAUGUGGUGAAACCUUUGCAUUUCAGUAUAGUCUUCAAUACCAUAAAAGUACACAUACUGGAGAGAAACCUUAUGAAUGUAAUCAAUGUGGUAAAGCCUUUCCGCAUCACAAUAAUCUCCAAAACCAUAAAAGAAUACAUACUGGAGAGAAACCUUAUGAAUGCAGUCAAUGUGGUAAAGCUUUUGCAAGAACCGGUCAACUCCAAACCCAUAAAAGAACACAUACUGGAGAGAAACCUCAUGAGUGUAAUCAAUGUGGUAAAGCCUUUGCACUUCAGUAUAAUCUCCAAAAACAUAAAAGAAUACAUACUGGAGAGAAACCUUAUCAAUGUAAUCAAUGUGAUAAAGCAUUUUCACAACACAGUAGUCUCCAAUAUCAUAAAAGAACACAUACUGGAGAGAAACCUUAUGAGUGUAAUCAAUGUGGUAAAGCCUUUGCAUGGCAGUAUAGUCUCCAGAUACAUAAAAGAAUACAUACUGGAGAAAAACCUUAUGAAUGUAAUCAAUGUGGUAAAGCCUUUGCACAUCAUACUAGUCUCCAAUACCAUAAAAGAACACAUACUGGAGAGAAACCUUAUCAGUGUGAUCAGUGUGGUAAAGCAUUUGCACAUCAAAAUAAUCUCCAAUAUCAUAAAAGAACACAUACUGGAGAGAAUCCUUAGGAAUGAAAUCAAUGUGGUAAAGCCUUUGCAAGUCACAGUCAUCUCCAAGUACAUGAAAGAACACAUUUUAGAAAGGAACCUUAGAAUGCAAUCAAUGUAAAGACUUUGGAUGUACGACUAAUCUCCCGAGACAUAAAGGAACAUAUACUGGAAAGAAACCUUAUGAAUGUAAUCAAUGUGGUAAGGCAUUUGCAAGUCACAGUCAUCUACGACAACAUAAAAGAACACAGGAGAGAAACCUGGUUAUUGUUUACAUAUUGACAUAAUGAGAUACAAGUUUGUUUCAAAUUGACAAGGGAUGGAUUGUGAUUGCUACUCUCGAUUUUCAAUAUAAGAUCUAAAAUGGAAUACAUAGGUCCAGGCAUGGUGGUACAUGCCCUUAAACCCUAGGAGAUGAGCAUCAAGCAGAUUUCUGAGUUCAAGUCAUUCCUGAUACAGAACAAGUUUCAGGUGAAGAAAAGCUUAGAUCUAGGCCUGUGGAUACAGAGCCUUGCAGAUCUCUGGGUUCAAGGUCAUUAUAUAGAGCAAGUUCCAGGACAGCCAUGCUGAGGCAGUAAAGGAGUUGGAGUACAGAAAACAGGUAAUAAUGUAAUAGAAGAGGUCAUGUCCCAGGCCCAGAAAGCAGCAGAACUCAGCACCUUUAUCCAUGUGGCUCUGACUUUAGAGGCAAGAAUAGAAGGGACUACUGGGAAAAGUGAUGCUUGUUAGCUGUAGCUGAGAAAUUAGAAGUGAUGAAGAAGAGACCAGCAUCACUGAGGUGAAAGCUUCUAGGAAGUGUUUUCUGAGAGGACAAAGAAGCUGUGUUCCAGAGAUAUCCAGGAUUGUACCUUGUGUUGCAUCUGAACUUGGUCACAUGUAAGAAUCACCCAGGUGGUACUGGUUUUGAAGGCAUGAUGGUGUCAUGAGGAGCAGCUGAGGCUUGAACCCAUGAAGGGAGCAUAAGUGAGGCUAUCAUGAAGCCUAGUUGCAGCAGAAGAACCCAACAUAUUGAAGAUGCCAGUCCCAUGGGAUGAGCAGAAAGANCAGCAGCAGCAGUAGAGUGGAGUCAACCAAAGCUUAGAGUGAUUCAGAGGGCAGAGCUGGAGAAGUGACCAUAUCUCUUUGGAGGAGUGCAGAAGAUCAUGUGUGGAUCCCAUACAUUGGAACAAGAAACUGUAAUACUGAGGUUACCUUGGAGUCCCCAAGACCUUUGAGAUGCCAGAGCUNUGGGGUACCUGCUCAGGAAAACCAGCCAAAGAGAAAGAAUUGUGCUGCAGUGAACAAAGCAGAAAAGAGUUGGAAAUCUUAAGAAUGCUUUAACAUCAGACAUGAAGAUGCAGUUUGGAGAUUUCCCAGCUGGCUUUUGGUCUUUUUUUUUGGUCCAGUAUUUCCUCAUGAUGACAUUUAGGAAUGGUGAAGUCUAUCUUGUGAAGUUGGAAGUAUAUGAUCUGUUUUUAUUUUCUUUUUUAGGGGAUUACAGUUACAUGAUUGGAUGAAUCUCAGAAGAGACUUUGAACUUUGGACUUUUAACAUUUUUGAGACUGGUGUAGAUGAUGGGGACUUUUGAAGUUGAACCACAUAUAUUUUUCAUUCUGCAUGUUUAAGUGUGAUCCCCAUACAUUCCUGUACUCCAACAAGCUUAUGGUGACUAGUGAGUGGAAUGUGGGAGUUUGAAUAUGCUUGUCACAGGAGUGGCUUUAUUCAGAGGUGUCACCUUGUUGGAGGAAGUGGAUCUCUCUGGGGGUGGACUUUGAAGCUCCACCAAGUGUAGAACAGACCCUCCUAUUCGCUCCCUGGAAGACAGUUUCUUCCUGGCUGCCUUUGGAUCAAAAUGCAGAACUCCCAGCUCCUUCUCCAGCAUCAUGUCUG